UUGGGACUAACUAAGAGCAUUUUGUACGGUGGUGCAGAAGCGCAAUGUGUGCGCAACCCUUCGUUUAAGAGUCCCACUCAAAAUUGGCUCAUUUUUUUUUUAUUAAAAGAAUGGAAAAGAAAAUGGCCUUUGUUUAAACGUAAGUGGAGUCCAAAUAUAGACAGUUGAUGUGGCACACGCAGCGGUCGCACCAGUGACCCUCACCUUGAUGGUUUGAAUUCUACCUUGUCAACAUUAAUUUUUUUUUUGUUUCCACCCAGGCGCAGGAGCGGACGGAAAUACCUCAUGGAUACCCUAUAGCCGGCAACAGGGUUAUCUUAGAUUCUGACUGACUAAAACUCACCCGUGGGGGGAUGCCUAUGUCCAUAAGGGCCUCACAAGCUUCGUCUGAUCCGAUCAACCCCUGAGAAGGGGACGAUGCAGUCAUUAUAAACCUACUUAAUCAACUAACUUAAUUUGAUAGAUUAUGGUCCUUUCACCAAGUAGCAAUUUGCCAACUCAAUCAGAUGCCAAGCUUUCGUAUUUAUAAACAUAGAUGACUAGGCAGAAAUUUCUAGUUAUACAACAUAUACGCGGCUAAACCAGAUGAGUUAGGUUUAAACGAGAUUUAAGCAGGAAAAGGACGUUGUCCGACCCGCUGACUGGCUGGCUGCCUGCUGCGAAGUUACGCAAGAGUUGCGCGCGGGCGUCAGCGUAGUUCAUGAGUUUAUUCGUUACAAAAACACAAAUCUUUAACGUUUUAUAAUAUUGAGAAUAAGAAGAUGAUUCGACAGAAAUUUCUAGUUACAUAGACGUGGACAAAGCGAGUUAGGUUUAAACGAGAUUUGAGUAGGGAAAGGACGCUGGCCGGUGGUAAGUUGCGCAAGAGUUGCGCGCUCGCGUCGAGCUCCGCUGCGGCGUGGCCAGUCGCCAUGCCGCGUGCGCGGACGUUGUUCGCCGCUUUAGCUCUGUUGAUCGUCGCCGCUGCAGCAGCCGAUGCUGUCGACGUCGAUAACGACGAACAUGUGCACGAUGACUCCCAAGAUAUCAGUGAUGAGCAGUUCUAUGAGAUGCCGCAGCUGUUCCACCUGGACCACUACGAGGAGUGCCUGGCGCGGCGCGGCGUCUACUGCGUGGGCAGCUUCGAGCUGGCCAGCACUCGCCGUCAGCAGCGGCUGUUCCGUCUGAUGCAGAGAUACUCGUCCAACUGGGUUGACAACUUCAACCACACGCGGCUGCACCGCGGGUUGUGCGUGUCGCGCCGCUGCCCCGCGCCCACCCAUCCCGCCGGCGACGCAGAGCCCCUGCACGCUUGGUUUGCGUCGUGUGUGAACGCCAGUAUGAUGUCCUCGUACGAGCUGUCGGCGCGCCUCUACCGCCUGGAGUACUGUGAGCGGGGCGGCGGUGGUAGCGGGGGCGGAGGCGGUAGCUGGGGAGGGCGUAAGGGAGCGAGCGAUCUGAGCGCCUCCGAGCAAGCGUUCGCGGGCGUGAUCGCAACGCUGCUCGUGCUCGCGCUCGUCAGCACAGUCCUGGACGUAUCACUCACCGACCAGACCAAGAAAAACAUGGAUUGGGCACUGGCGUGGUCGGUGCGCGGCAGCUGGCGCGCCUUGCUGGCGGCGCCGGGGCGCGCGGGCGCAGGCGGCGACCUGGCCGCGCUGGACGGGCUGCGCGUGCUGGGCAUGCUGUGCGUCAUAGUGGAGCACGUGUGCUGGCUCAACACACUCACCUACCUGCUCAACCCGCGCCGCGUGGCACAGAUGCGUCGCGACACGGACGUACAGCUGAUGUCGAACAGCACGCUGAUGGUGCAGGCCUUCUUCCUGAUGUCCUCGUUCCUGUUGGCCAACAAGUUGCUGCAGCAGCGCCGCCGCCAGCAGCCGCUUAAGCCGUUCACCACUUUUGCCGAAACGAUGAUCAAUAGAUUCAUUAGAAUGAGCCCCACAUAUUUCCUGGUGGUGUGGUUCGCCGCGAGCGGGUGGGAGCGGCUGGGCAGCGGCCCGCUGUGGGCCCCCCUGGUGGGCGGCGAGGCGGCCGUGUGCCGGCGCAAGUGGUGGACGCAUCUGCUAUACCUCAACAACAUCAUCUAUCCGGACGACAAGUGCCUCAUACAGACCUGGUAUCUGGCGGCUGAUAUGCAGCUGUACCUGGUCGCGCUGGCGCUGACGCUGUCGAUGCGCGGGCGGCGCGGCGCGCUGGCGGCCCUCGCGGCGCUGCUGGCGCUCAGCACCGCGCUCGUGGCCGGCCUCGCCUACUACUGGCACCUCGUGCCCACAUACGUGCUGCACCGGCCUGAAGCGGUGCGCGCGCUAUACCGCGGGUCGGCGUCGUUCAACGCGGUGUACCAGUCGCCGCUCGGCAACGCGCCGGGCGCACUCGCCGGCCUACUGCUGGCCCACCUGACCCACCAGCUGCGGGAACACUAUCCCCACCUACAUCUGGGUCACUACAGGUGGUUCCGCUGGCUCGCGUGGUGGGCUCCGUGGCUGGCGCUCGCGUGGAUACCGGGCACGGCGCGGCUGGCGGGGCUACUGCCGGCUUGGCGGGGAGGGGGGGAGGUGGGGGGGCCGGCGUGGGGCGUGGGGGGGCCGGCGUGGGGCGUGGGGGGGCCGGCGUGGGGCGUGGGGGGGCCGGCGUGGGACGCGGCGGGUGCGGCGCUGGUGGCCGGCGAGCGGGUGGUGUUUGCGCUACUCGUGGCCGCAGCGUUGCUGGGCGCGAUGCAUGGCGUCCAAUCACCAGUGCGCAGCGUGUUAUCGUGGCGCGGCUGGGCGGUGCUGGCGCGGCUGUCGUACGGCGCCCUCCUCCUGCACAUGAUCAUCAACAAGUCGCUCCUCGCCGCCCGCCUCGGGCCCGCGCAGCUCGACCGCCCCAACGCGAUCCUGGAGUGGUUCGGCGUGGCAGUAGCUUCGUAUUUGGCCGCGCUACCGCUGGCGCUACUGGUGGAGAUCCCCGUGCAGCGCCUCUACCGCGCCCUACGAGCGACCACUACCGCCGCCUCAGCUACUGCCACCGCGACCGCUGCCGUCACCGCUGACAAGGCCAAUAUGUGAACAACCCGUCUACUCGUACGUCGACCUAGCGACGAUAACCUUAAAAUAUUAUAACUGGAGCGAAACGGGCGAUGCCCCCCGUAGAUUCGUUUCAAUGACGAAAGGCACGGGUCACGGGACUCACAGAAAAUAAUAUAUGUUAAGGGGCAAACGGGGCGCGGACACAUAGUUUCUUCCGCGUCUUUUUCAUACACAAUGGUGUCGAUUCUGGCAGGAUUCUCUAAACUUAUAACUAAAU